ACAUUACUACUUUAACGCUAUUUUCCCCAUAUUUACAGAAGCCGAGGCUGCCUGGCGUCAUUCUUUUCCACUGACGUCACACUUCACACAAACGUCACUCCUUGCUCUGACGUCAUAGCUUUACACUGUCGUCACUCCUUACAACAAUGGCAUGGCAAGGGAUCGUCCCCAUCGUGGAUUUGGGACAAUUAAGCUUGGCACACGCAGGUGACCCAAGCCGAGAGGAGUGGCUUCGCGUAGGAAAGUCUGUUGCCGAAGCUUUUCAGAACAUAGGCUUUGUUUACCUCAAGAACCACGGCGUCUCCGAAACGCAGGUCUCUUCGCUCGUGUCGUCCGGAAGUCGGUUCUUCGCUCUCGACCCGAAGACGAAGAACAAGUAUCCGAGGAAUCCGGAAAAGCAGCAAGGAUACGUGGAAGUGGAUAGAGAAAAAUUUGACCCGGCGAACUUCAAGCACGAGCUUCGGGAGGCUUACGACAUCAAACGCAGCGACGGCGUGUUCCCGGAUGAAGAGGUUCCCUCCCUCCGCCGAGAUGCCGAUGCGCUCAUUAACACCUGCAAGGCUCUGUCGCUGCGGAUCCUGAAGGCCAUGGCGCUCGGAAUAGGUUGGGGUCUGGACGAGUCAUUCUUCGUGGACACGCAUCGGGAGAUCUGCUUGGACAACAACGCCUCGUGCAUGCGUCUGCUUCACUACCCACCCGUGCCCGAGUCCGUCCCCGCCGAGGCUAUCCGCUGCGGGGCCCACACGGACUACGGGACUAUAACACUUCUUUUCCAGGAUGAGAUUGGCGGCCUGCAGGUUCGUGAUCGACAGCGCCAGUGGGUCAACGCCGACCCUGUCCCCGGCGCAAUACUCGUCAAUGUCGGGGAUAUCCUUCAGUUCUGGACUGCAGACAAGUUCAUCGCCACUGAACACAGGGUGCUGAUCCCCAAAGAGGAAAAGCGCAUGAAGGUAUCUCGGCGUUCAGUGGUGUUCUUCGUUCACCCAGACGACCCUGUUCUCAUCAGUCCCUUGGACUCUUCCUCCACGUAUCCUACAGUCACAGCACGGGAACAUGUCCUAAGAAGGUUUAGGGAGACUUAUACAUAUUAAGAAAGUCUGUUUACUUUUAGGCUGCGUGUCUGUGUAUAUAUCGGUCUCUGUGGUCUGUGUUCUUACCUAGGUUCUUUAUCCUUGCCUUUACCUUACCUUACCUUGCUUGACUUUACCUUUUUAUUGUUUAUUUAUGAAUUAAUGAGUGUUUUCUUCUUUUGAAUUUUGACGCGACUGUACGUUAUUUACAUAUUUAAGAUGUUUUAUUUAUUUGUCAUAUUUUUUUGGAAUGCAGUGACUGAUCACCAGCUGGAUUUAGUAUUUUCUUGGUGAUUUUUUACUUUUUUUUCUUAUGAGAAUAUUCAUUUUGACAUUUGAAGCCUCGGCUUAUGUUGUGAUAUGGUGUGAUGAUGGGAGUUCCAGCAACAUAGAAUGUACCUUGAAAUACUGAAUUUUUGUUAGUUGAUUUUAUCGGUCGUAUUUUCUCUCUCUUGUGAGAACUGUUAUUUUUGUAUGAGUUCAUGUAGUGUUCUCUCUCUCUCUCUCUCUCUCUCUCUCUCUCUCUCUCUCUCUCUUCUCUCUCUCUCUCUCU